GUGGCUUGCUAGCUUAACACAUUCAUGAUAACAUUAGUUACUCAAGCCUUUUACCUUUUAUUUACAGUUACACUGUCAUGCCUGUCUUUUAUAGGAUUGCCUAGGCAACCUUCAUAUACUACUGGAUUUGGGACUGCUUUAAAUAUAGAGACACUUGUUGCUGCCGCGGAACAAAGAGAUACACCAAUUGAGACACCUCCACCUGAAGUUCAGGACAAGAUUCUUUUUAUGAUCAACAAUAUAUCCAUCUCAAAUAUGGAAGCUAAGGCAAAGGAAUUUAAUGAGGUCAUACAGGAACAGUAUUAUACUUGGUUUGCACAAUACAUGGUCAUGAAAAGGGCAAGCAUUGAACCAAAUUUCCAUGAUCUGUAUCUGAAGUUCUUUGAUAAAGUAAACUCAAAAUCCAUGAACAAGGAAAUACUGAAAGCCACAUAUGAGAACUGCAAGGUCUUGUUAAGAUCAGACCUUAUCAAAUCUAGUUCCGAGGAGCGCUCCUUGCUAAAAAACCUAGGCAGUUGGUUGGGAAAGUUCACCAUUGGUAGGAAUCAGGCACUAAGGGCUAAGGAGAUUGAUCCAAAAUCUCUUAUCGUGGAGGCAUAUGAGAAAGGAUUGAUGAUUGCGGUCAUACCAUUCACUUCAAAGAUCCUUGAACCUUGCCAGUCAAGUAUCGCAUAUCGAUCUCCAAAUCCCUGGACCAUGGGAAUUCUAAGUCUACUUGCUGAAAUUUAUAAUCUUCCAAACCUCAAGAUGAAUCUGAAAUUUGAUAUUGAGGUGCUAUUUAAGAACCUUACUGUUGACAUAAAGGAUGUGAAACCAACCUCCCUGCUCAAAGAUCGUCUGUGCGAAGUCGAGGGAAAUCCAGAUUUUUCAAAUAAAGAUGUUACUGCAUCUCAAACCCCUGUGGUUGCAGAAGUCCCUUCAGGGACCAUCCCUUCACUAACUCAUAUGGAACAACAACCUGAGAUCAAUAUCACAUCCCGAGCUAUGAGCCUUCCAAAUAUACUUAAUCAGUAUGCUGCUCCUGUCCGUCUACCUACAAACAGCACGGUAGAAGAUGACAAAGUUGCUCUAAUGAUGCCUGAGCAAGUGCCCUCGUUGACCCAGGUUUCGCCAGCACAAACACAAUCAACAUCACCAUCUCCAUUUUCUGUUAACCAGCUUAUGGCAGCUAUUCCACGUGAAGAGAUACGUUUCAAAAUAAAUCCAAAGCUCGGCUCCCUUGGUCCACAACUGCAAUAUAGCAAAAUUAUGGAUUUGGCUUUGGAUAAGGCUAACAGGGAGAUAAUACUCCCUGUUAUUCAAAGAAGUGUGACUGGCGGGAGGAACACCGGGCGUGUAGGAGUCAUCAAGAACAGGGAGAAGCACAAGGGCAGCUUUGAGACCAUCCAUGUGCUGCUUGGACCUUUUUGCUAUGUCUAGUUUUCUCCUAUUUGUUGUAUAGGAAAACAUAGAAUAUAAUUCAAAUUUGGUGGUCGCAAAAGUGUGGAGACUUUAAUUCAUAUAAAGUUAGGCUUAACAUUAAUGCAAACAGUUGUAUUUUAGUUUAGAUUUAGAGUACACUUAUGUAUGCGUUGUUUGACAAUGCU